ACGGGAAGGACUGAAUUCACAGCCCAGGUGCCUGGGACUUCGCGAUCUCUGCACAGGGUCCUCUGAGAGGCGGUACCGAGGACUCCCCAUUCUCUCCACAGCUCCAGUCACACCUGUCGGUAACCUGGUCUCAGGAAGGAACCAUGGCAAAGGCUGCAGCCACCUGGGGAAAUCUUUUCCUAGUUCGGAGCCUUUUCGUUCUACUGAACUGUCUGGAGCCCACGCUGCCCACCGAUACACACAGUCUUAGUUGCAAUUUCCUUGUCAGAGCUCGUACCAUACCUGAACAGCCCUGGUUUGAAAGACGGUGCUCAGUGGAUGGAGUACAUUUCCUUCUGUAUGAUGACAGCAACACCAUACCUUUGGGUGAGCAGGGAAAGGAAGAAAAUGCUAUUAAGAAAUGUGUGGAUUUGUCCCCAAAACUAGAAGACAUUUUUGAAGAGCUGAGGAAGCAGCUACUUAACAUGGAACCAGUGGCAGACAAGACUGGGGAUCAUCAAACCUUGCAGGGCACCGUGGAAUCUCAUUAUAAACAAGGACAACUCACUGAUGCCUCCUGGAACUUCACAAUUGGUGAACAGUGUUUCUUAUACUUUAAUCCAAAGAACAAGGAAUGGAGAGUGAUUCAUGAUAAAGACAUAUGUGUCAAGGAGAAAUGGAAGAUGAACAAAGAACUAGCACAAGAUCUAGUAACUUUCUCCAUGGGGGAUUUUGGUCACUGCUUGAAGCAAUUCUUAAAGUACUGGAAGGAAAUGUCAAGAUCAACAUCAAGGGCCCCAGAUAUCACGCAGUUUCAAUCUACCACCCAGCUUCCACCCACCAUGGAUACCACACAGAUUCUACCCAACAUAAAUACUACCCAGAGAACACUUUACAUCAUGUCUCAGCAUGAGAAAGUAAUUAUCUACAUGGCAGCAGUCAUUGCCAUCUCCGUGCCUUUAAUUGGUGGGAUACUUAUGAAACUUGUCCCCAAAACUUGUCCCCAAGAAGGUGCUCCCUGCUACUCCUCUUCCUCUGAAGUCUGACCUCCAGCCCUCAUCAUCAGCUGCGUCCAGUGACUGUUGAACAUUGCAUGUGCCUUCUUCAGCAAAGCCAACAAACAUAUCUCUUGGAAACCUGUGCCACUGACUUCUGACCAAACUGGUAACACUGAAAGUGACAGUUCUUGGGGCCUUGCUCACCAGGGCAUCUAAGUGUGACAGGCUGUUGCCAUCAGGGGCUUCUUCUUGAUAGGUGCAUUUUCCUGUCUCAUUCUUAGAAGAUAGCUUUGUGGAGAGCAGGCUGGGUGGGGCUCCAAACUACUCCUCACUGUGCAGAACAGUGGCUUGCCCUGGGUGACUCCAUUUUACAUGCAGCAGUUGGCUCCAUUCUGAGUGCAAUGCAGAGGUUGGAUGCCAUGACACCUCACUUUGCCCAUACACUCAUGCCUGUCCAGGAUUAUCCUUAAAGCACAGGCUGAUGAUUAACUUAAUCCUGAAAGUAAAAAUGUGUCUCCUAUACACUUAUCAAAAUAGGAAUCAGUGAGUCCAUGUGCCUAUCAAAACACUAUCAGAGGACCAGGCCUGAGAACUUAUCUGAUGCCCUCACCUGGACCCCUGAAGAGGACACCUAAUACUGCAACAGUCAGGACCCCCCAGCCUGUCACCUGGUUGUUAGAGUGUCAAGGAACCAGCAGGCAGAGAACUCCUGGCCAUCUUCAAAGCUUCAGCUCCAUCCCCACUGCUAAGGCCUUCUACUUGAAUUGCUUUCCAACACUUCAUCUGCUGGUCCAUCGUAAUGUGCUCUUGCAUCUCACCUGCUGGAUCCUGUGGUCCUGCACCUCACCUCAGCACUUCCACAGAAUCCUGAGGCCCAGUGCAACUUGCAACCCUGCAGCUCUCCACCAGCUUCCUUACCAGCCCAUCUAACCCCCUGCAUUGAGUCUCUCCGUGUGUCUAUGACCACUCUGUCUCUGCCUCCAGUCUGGUCUCUGUAAUCUCUGCUGGCAUCUCUUUCACUCAUUUUUUUUUCCGAGACAGGGUUUCUCUGUGUAACUCUGUGCCUUUCCUGGAACUCACUCUGUAGCCCAGGCUGGCCUCGAACUCACAGAGAUCCAUCUGACUAUGCCUCUGGAGUGCUGGGAUUAAAGGCAUGAGCCACCACCACACUCUUCUGAAGCCAUUCUGUAAUAUAGAUAUAUAUGCUUUUGUGUGGUGUAUAAUGUGUGAUCUCAGAGUUUAUGUUAGUGAUUAAGACUAAAGUAAAAGAGCCCAUAUUGGCCAGAGACCAGUUAUCAAAAGGAAUUGGCAAUUACAGCCAGUGAAAUUGAUGGAUCUUGAAAAUUAAGAUACAUGUGAGCAACUGUUCUGUAGGCAUAGCUCACUCUUUCAGGAUUUCACUCAUAAUAUAGGGAUCCAGUGAGUAAGCAGUCCAUUGGCAAAAAAAUUGGAAAUAGAUAUUUUUUAAAAAAUCAUGAAACUUCUGUUGCUAUAAAUAAAAUUCAGCAUCCCUACCAAACACUGGUCAACAGAGACUAAGCUUGCUCCAUUGACCAAGUGCCUGUCCAUCACCAUAGUGCAAUCCUCCACAAUUCAGGAUGACACCAGAGCAAGGUGUUAGCGACAGGGAAGGCACCCAUGCAGCCUCUCAUGAGGAGUGGGCUAGCAAAAAUAAACAGUAAAACAGAAAAAAAGAAGUGAGCAAACCUCAGAUCACACAUCAACGGUUAUGGAUAUAGAAUUAUAGUAUACUAAGAAUUUAUACUGUACGAAAGAAAACUCAGGUAAGAAAGUUGAGUAGCAGACUACGGAAGGAAUAAACCCUAAAGCAGUGCUGCCUCUAGGGGUCCACAGUACCAGAGAACUAAGGUUAGGAACACGUGAGAGUAACAGUCCUGGAGGGCGCUGUCAUGCCAGGAACUUCAGGGGACCGUGGCAUAGCCAUAGAAAUGUUACAUUCAGCAGACCAAAAAUGUUUAAUGAGCGACCAAGAGAUAGCUCAGUCAUAGAGUGCUUGCCCCUCACAAGCAUGAGGACCUGAGUGUACUCUCCAGAAUCCACGUACACUAUGGUGACACACACUUAUAAUCCCAGUGUAAGGGACAGAGAGAGAGAGAAGUGCAUCCCUGGGCUUCCUCAUCAGCCAGACUAGAUGAAUUGGUGAGUUCUAGUAUAGGCUGGCUCUAAACACAGUGUUUAUGGCUUCCUGAGGAAUGAUACCCAAAGUGAAUGCUUAGUCUCCAUAGGUACAAGUAUAUGAACGAACAUACACACAUGUGUAUAUAUGCACGCGAGAAAGAUAGACACAGUUGACCAAAACACAGCUAGUGAAUUCUAAAGAGGCAAUACUCCUGAGAGGGAAUGGGGGUUUUAAAUACUAGUUACGAGAUAUUACCUGGCCUUGUCUUCUGGGCCAUUUUUAUGUUCGUAUUUGAAUAGACGAGAGGGGAACAGCUCACACCCUCUUAGAUACGUUUCAUAGCACCAUGGCUCAACCACUGGCCUAAGGUGCCAGGUUGAGUAGGAUUCACCCUCUAAUUGUAUGAGCGAUCAAGAGAAACUAAGUCAGACUUCAAGCAUUUAAGUCUGGCAAUUAAAAUAGCGUAUUUUGAUUUUAUUUUCAAGGGAGGACCUUUUUGAGUAUGGAUUUGCUUGACUGUGUAUACUUCAUCAAACAUAGAAGAAUUAACAAAAAUCUCCAAGAGGCUCCCAGAAAUGAGCUGUUUGAGCCUCUGCAAGAGGAAUGCUAUUACCUCUCAUCAAAUCAACCCACAGAGACAGGCCUCAUAACUAUAGUUGGAGGGAAGAGAAAGACCUGAUAGGAGCUGGUCCAGACAUCUCCCAUGGCCUUGCAUCCUGUGGAAGAAAUUUAAGAUAAACUUAAUCACCUCUUUAAUAACUGGAGCUAAGCCUGAAAACUUGGAGUCAGAGGUGGAGCUGUCCUUAUCCUAGUAUUCAGUGACAGCCUUUAUCAUCUGUCCCAAUGAUAUACAGAGACACAAAGGUCUCUGCAUCUAGCGAAUCAGCAGUGUUAAGGAAAACCCUAGUGUGAAGGCAUCACAAAGGUUGAUAGAUGUAGAGUUGGGAAUAAUUCAGAUCAUAAAUGACAAUUAAUUAGAAUUUAGAGGGCGUUAGGAACUUCAGUUCUCCCAGUUGACCCAAGUCAUGAUGAGAAACCUGGUUGCAGCUGGUAGAUUUUUAAUUUUUUAGUAUUCUUAGUUGUACUUUUUUGUCAUGUGUUUAAGAGCAUGAAGAUGGCCAAUAGCUUCUCUUUGUUGUUGGCAGCUAUAUCUCUUUAGGAGAUACUUUUAAGGGUGUUGGAGAGUUUUAGGAGCCCCUUGUCUCCAUUCAUUAUACUCUUCUGAACAAAGGGUAUUUUUCUGUGAAAUGACCCAAACCUCAAACCCCAGAAUCUCCAUAGCCUCUCUGACACUAUGAGACCCUUUUAGAGCUGUCCCAAUGUUCUCCACCUUGGGACAUGGCCAAGCUGGAGGUGAAGAUGAACAUUGUUUACUAUCAGCCUAGCCCCUGAUCCUCAUUGCUUUAGGCUUCUAGUGGUGGUUACUGAAAACUCAGAAAGUCAGUUACGCCAGACUUGAGAAACAGAUAGUGGUUUUAAUCUGUUAUGUAACUUUCAGGGAUGACCAACUCACAGCCCAAGCAGGAUACCCAUGAAUGUGGUCAAAUCAAAUUCAGCGACUUCAUUAAAAUAUUAUGUUAUAGUUUUGCAAAGAUUUUUAGGUUACUAGGUUGUAUGCAGAAUUAUAUAGAUUCUCAGGCAUGAAUUAUACAGAUCACUUUGUGUCAUACUACCAAAGAUUAGACACUUCUGAUAAAUAAAUAUUGACAAAGACAGAUAUUAAAUCAAUCUUGACUCUGAUAAGAGCCCAUUGUUGAAAAGUUAACAUCCUGCCAAACACAGAAGAAAUGACAACCAUGAAUGUAAUUAAGUAAGCUUUUCAUUAACCCAUACCAUUUUAAAUUAACUGUCACAAACCUCAUAACAUACGGGAACUUCUGCAUGAUCUUGUAACAAUCCUUUAGGUGGACAUUAAUUUACCAUACAAAUCUUUCUGACUCAUAAGCAAAUGCUCUCCAUCAGAAAUGCGUCUCUAUACCUAUAUACAGCCAUUGCCAUCUCUUUAUUGGAUGCUUCUGUUCUUUGUUAAAUUCCUGCUGUAAUUUAUUCUUCUUUUUUUCCUUGAAGCUAUGAAAACCUGAACACAGCAAACUUUGUCAUGUUUUCUCUUUUACAAAAUAGGUUCAGAUGCACAGUAUUAUCAAGUGUUACAUUGUCAUUGGCAAAUGUCCUUUUUCACACAUGGCUUCAAUAACCUGGUGACACUGUUUGUAUAAUGCUGAUAUUUCCUUCUUUCUUGAUAAAUUUAAA